GCGAGGUAUCAAAACAGAGUGAGGCGGUAACAGUAGUUUCAUUUUUAAGAAAGACUCGGGGGAAAAGACCCAUUAAAUUUAUUAUUUACGACUAAUACAGUGGAAGAAAAAGGGAAUAAAAACCUUGGUGACAAUGAGUUCUGAGGUGUUUUCGUAUGAGAGUUUGGUCCAUGCAGUGUCAGGAGCAAUGGGAAGUGUGACUGCGAUGACUGUGUUCUUCCCACUUGACACUGCCAGACUGAGACUUCAAGUUGAUGAUAACAGGAAAGCCAAAUCUACUCCAGCAAUUCUAGCAGAAAUUAUAAAAGAGGAAGGACUUCUGGCUCCUUACAGAGGUUGGUUCCCUGUCAUCUGCAGCCUGUGCUGCUCCAACUUUGUCUACUUCUACUGCUUCCACAGUCUGAAGGCAGGCUGGCUGAAGGGACAGAAGUCAACACCCGGCUCUGACUUAAUCAUAGGCAUUGCUGCAGGUGUUGUAAAUGUUUUAGUUACUACUCCUUUGUGGGUGGUCAACACCAGGCUGAAGCUUCAGGGUUCCAAGUUUCGUAAUGCAGACAUACGAUCCACCAACUACUCUGGCAUCCUGGAUGCGUUUGUUCAAAUCAUCCGUGAUGAAGGAGUGGGAGCUCUGUGGAACGGGACCUUUCCAUCACUGCUGCUUGUGAUGAACCCUGCCAUCCAGUUCAUGAUUUAUGAGGGUCUGAAAAGGCAGCUAAGGAGAGGAGUCCCUAGGGAGCUGUCAUCUCUUGAGGUCUUCAUCAUCGGUGCUGUGGCCAAAGCUGUUGCCACCACGGUUACAUACCCACUACAAACAAUACAGUCCAUUCUUAGGUUUGGUCAGUUUAAUGAGUCAACAGACAAGUCCAAACUUCUGUCCAGUCUAAGGACUAUCAAGUGUCUGCUGGUCAAUAGAGCGAGGAGGUUUGGCAUGUUGGGUCUUUUCAAAGGCCUUGAAGCCAAGCUGCUGCAGACAGUGUUGACCGCUGCCCUCAUGUUCCUUCUCUAUGAGAAGAUUGCCAGCUGCACCUUCAGAGUCAUGGGUCUGAAAAACUCCCACUACAAGAACCGCUAACUAGAGAAACACUUCAUAAACGUGGACACCUGCACUGAGUGACUGUUGUUUGCUUUUCUCACCGUCCACCUGGCUUACAUGUCCUUGAUAUCUGUGACUUUUUAUGAAAACAGUACAUCUUUAAUGAUCUCACAUAGCAAAUAUGUCACCAAAUAAACACUAUGAACUUAA